AUGGACAAAUCUGAGUACAGAGCGGAGAUAAAGUUCCUUGUCCUAGAGGGUCAAUCUGCCAAACAGGUGGAAGAGCGAUUGACUGCAGUUUAUGGAGAGUCUUCCCCAUCGUCUGCAACUAUCAAACGAUGGGUGAAGGAAUUUCAGCGUGGCAGAGGGAGCUUAGAAGAUGAUGCCCGGUCCGGACGGCCAUCAACCAGUACCAGCCCUGAAAACAUUGACACUGUACACAAACUAGUGAUGGAAAACCGCUGUAUUACUCUCCAUGAGCUAGAAGAAACAACAGGCCUAUCAUAUAGAUCCAUACAUAAUAUAAUUCAUGGUAAACUCCACAUGUCCAAAGUGUGUGCCAGAUGGGUCCCGAGAAUGCCUACAGAUGACAUGAAGCUAUCAAGGGUCACCAUCAGUGGAGCCUUGUACAACGCCAACCCAGAUGAUUUUCAUUUUAGGAUUGUAACCAGUGAUGAAACCUGGGUUUAUCAUUAUGAUCCAGAGAGCAAACAGUAG